AUGCCGCCGCGCACGCUGCUAAUACCGCGAGGCAGCUUCGCCUUCCACUCGAAACACCUGCAAAACCGGCUUCCAUCACGACGAUUCGCCUCAACCCUCGCCAUUGCAAGGCCAGCAACAGCACCAUGGCAGAACUCGAUACCGAUCGUACGACAGGCUCAGUCCGUAACCGGCGGUAUGGAGUGGCAGACGUCAGCAUAUAGCUGGAACAAGCAGAACAUCAAGAACCUCCCCAUAGCCGCCACGAAUGUCGAGAAACUGAUCGAGGGAUAUGUCACAAUGAAGGAAGUCAACAACGAAGGCAAAGACGUAAGAGCGAUACGAACAGCACUGGCAGCGCGAAGAAAGAGUGCCGAGAAGGUCUACGUGUCGAAGCCGAGGAUCAAGGACUUUGGCGACAGAAUAGAGCUCACAGCCUUCAUCUUCGAUGGCAAGGCGGCUAUGAAGGAAGAUUUGGCAGCAAAGAGGGCGGCCUUCUUUGCGGGCGAGAGGGGAAAGCCAGACAAGAGAGCGGAUGCCUCUGAUAUUCUGCUCAAUGAGGAAUCAAAAGCUGGAUUGCAGUCAUUGAUCGCGAGGAUAUACGGCAAGCCAGUAGAUCUGCGACUUAUCAGGUUGUCGAAGCAACAUCUCGACGCCGACAUUCUCGCUAGAGUCGUCGCUCAGCGUCUUCGCGAUCGUCGCAACACCCCGCGACGAGUCAUUCGUGAUGCGACAUGGAAGGCACCAUUGCCCAACGCGCAAACGAUUUCGAGGAUUCGGCAGGCGAAAGCGCAACAGCAGCCGACGAAGUUCUCGUUCGCCGACUUCACGAUCGGCAAUAUGGGAAAGACGACGAAUGGAACGAUACAAAAUAAGCUACUGCUGAGUCAAGUCAGCAGCGUUGAAGUGGAAGCCGCAGGUCGUCUGACAAAGCGUCUCACAGCCAACAGAAGUGCGAGAAAGAUGGCGAGACGUGGAGGUAAUAGCAAGGGGCCGAGUGUGAUGCUCCGUGGAUUCAGGAAGGCGCAUGUGCAGUAUGCUUUCGCUGGAGGAAAGAGGCGUGUUGGACAGUUUGGUAUCAGAGUCACCUUGGGACAUGCUUAA